UGUUUCUCCACUUCCCCAACUGUCUUCUUAUCUGUAAAGUUCCUGGAAAAUUGUUCACGAUAAUUGUCGUUCUCGUCAACAUUCCAAAAUCUCUGGUUUACAUGCAUCUCAUGCUGGAGUCUGCAUUACGUGCAAACUUUCAGUAAUGCGAUUUGGAUUGAACCAUUAAUGCUAAACUGAAUUUCAGAAUUUCACUAUCUGGGCCUGCACGCAGUCUUUGGCACAAGAAUCAUGCAUUUCUGUUUCCUGGCAGUCAUACAGCUGAGCAUCUUCGCCUUGGAAGGACUUACAAGCCCUGAUUCUCGUCAUAAACAUGUGGUCCAAGAUGUGGGAAUUGUCAGUUCUACAAGUUCGAGCUUGACAUCCAAAUCAAGUAGCAGUUCUAUCAGAAUAACUGUCACCUCAAUCCUGAAGUCGACCAGUGUAACUUUGAAAUCUACUGCGUCUACUUCAGAGUCAACAAUUCCAAGUCUCAAGUCAACAAGCUUGUCUUCCAAGUCAAGUAGUCUCAGCAGUAAGACAGCAAGCUUAUCGUUCCAACCAACGACUUCUACGGCCAAAUCCACGACUUUGACCCUCAAGUCAAGCUCAAGCACAGUUCAGACAAGUAUCGUCGUGCCCCUAAUCAAGUCAAUCAGCUCAUCAACGUCAGCAUUGCUCAUAAACCUGACCCCAACUUCUCCUGCAAAUUCCGGCAAGCGCGGCAUCCCAUACAAUAGUCCAGCAACCAACAUUCAGCACUUCAAUGCCAGUGGGUCGAAGGUCACGUGGGCGUUCAACUGGGAUUCUUUAAUGGACACCGAUUUCCCGAGCUACUUGGAAUUUGUGCCCAUGCUUUGGGGAAAUAGCUCUGUUCAUACAACGAACUGGAAGAAGAAUGUUCAGAAUGCUCUCUCCCGAGGUAGCAAGGCAGUCUUGGCUUUCAAUGAACCUGAUGCUUGUGGUGGUGGACAAUCUUGCUUGACGCCUCAAGCAGCUGCAAAUGCCUACUUAACAUAUGUACAACCAUUUGCUGGUCAGGUGAAACUGGGAGGUCCCGCUGUCACGGAGGUUGGAACAGCAUGGUUACUUGAAUUCCUUGCUCUUUGUGCUAAUUGCACAAUCGAUUUUAUUCCAAUGCACAUCUACAAUAGCGCAACGAACAUUGCCUACUACCAGGCGCACAUGAAGGACAUUGCGAAUCAGACAGGUUGGCCGAUCUGGUUGACAGAGUUCUCUGCCACUGGAAAUCAAACCGUGUUUCUACAGACACUGAUGCCGUGGAUGGAUGCACAACCCUUCAUUCAACGGUAUGCAUGGUUCAUGUGCUCGCCUGGCUAUUCUGGGUCGACUUGCGGGGCCGAUGGCUACCCGACAGCUUUGGGCCAAGUGUAUGAGUUGUUUUGAUGAUAUUUUGUCGACUAUGGGAAAGCAGGCUAUUAUUGGAUAUAAUUCUAGUCCCAAAUCGGUUGGGCCAUCUGGGCCAUCUGCAAAGAGGUACUUCUCGUGAGAAAGGGGUGCGAUAUUGU